AUGGCGGAGCCCGAAGCUGCAGCCGACGACCUGGACGCCCUCAUCGACGACCUGGACUACCUCCCGGGCCACUUCCACCUGGAGAUGCAACUGAACUUCGAGCCGCGCUCGCGCCCGCUGCGCGCCCGGGACCUGAAGCUGCAGCGGGAAGGCCUGAGGCAGGAGCUCGAUCUGGAGGCCACUCUGCAGCGGCCCGCCGUGUGUCACCUUCUGGGCACCUUCGCCUUCUACCUGGAGGAGCUGGACGAGGCCCGAGAGCGCUUCCUCGAGGUGGCCGGCGAGGACCCGGGCAACCUGAACGCCUGGGCCAACCUGGCGCACGUAUAUGGACGGCUGGGCCAGGAGGAAGAAGAGGAGGCAUGCGCCGCGCGGCUGGCUAGCCUCAUGGGCCUGGCGGCGGACCCCGAGGCCGCCGGAGACCCCCAGCUCCGCGCGGCUCGCUGCCUGGCGGAGCAGGGCUAUGCGCACGGUUUCGACGUGGGCUGCACCAGCCUAGAGGAGCGCGCGCGGGUCCUGGCGGUGGGCAUCGCCCUCUAUGACAAGGCGCUUAGCUACGGACAGCAGAUCCCAAUGGAGGAGAAAAGGGGCUGGUACUUCACCAUGGCAACCCUCUUCAUCAGGCUGGAUGGCAUCUUCCUGGAACUGGGCAGUGAGGAGCAGAAGAGGCUGCCCGCCUUCAACCGCACACUGGCUCUGCUCCGGCAAGUCCUCAAAUCCUCAGACCCCCGCUACCGAGCUCUGGCCUGGUGCUACCUUGGCAUGCUGCUGGAGAGGAAGGACACCUUUUCAACCACCCCAAUGGGUGUCCACGACUGCGGGUACUCGGGGACUGACCCCCUGGACUGCUUUGGCAAGGCCAUUGAGAUUGCCAAGGACCAACCUCCCAUCCUAAAUCGGCUGGCCAAAAUCUUCCACUUCCUAGGAAAGCAGGACAUGGCCAUUGGAACCUGCAACAUGGCCCUGGAUGUCCUUCGAGACCCAGAGCUCAACUGGCAGGCAUACUGCACAAGGGCCAAGAUCCACAUCAGAGCCUACCUGCAUGACCUGGAGCGGGCCAAGGCAGGACUUGGGGGCAUGCCUGACAGGAACCACCUGGCCUGUGCCAAGGCUGACCUGGAGGAAGUGGUCAAGGUGAGCCCAGGCCUCAGGACAUACCUCGACAUCAGCCAGGUCUACUACUACAUGGGCGUGGACGCGGUAAAGGAGCUGCUGGCGGUGGACGAGGCGGCGCUCAACCAGGCGCUGGUCUUCCUGGCCAAGGCGGCCGAGUCGGAGGUGGGCGCCACGCUGCCCGAGCUGCAGCUGCUGCGCGGCAAAUGCCUGCGCGUCCAGGGCGAGGAGGCCAACGCGGCCGCCUGCUUCAAGCGCGCCGUGGAGCUGGACGACGCGGGCUCCGGCCACACCGAGGGCUUCCGCUGCCUGCUGGAGACGCUGCUGGCGCAGUGGAGCCAGGCGCAGCUGAGUGACAGCGAGCUGGGCUGCGAGGUGGACAUCUGGCUGCGCCUCGCCCAGAGUAAGUACCCCGCGGCGUGCCUGCGCCAGGAGCUGCAGCGCGUGUGGCGCAGCCACACGGACGAGGUGCUGGGGCUGGCCCGGGCCUUGGUGGUCCAGGGACGGACGGCGCUGGUGCGGCUGCUGUUCGAAACCAUGGAGCUUAAGAGUGAAGGUGCAGGAGCGCCACGCGGCCGCCGAACGUUGUCGGUGUAA